UAUAUAGACCACCUUAUUACUUUCUAACAUAUAUCUUCCUUGAUGGCUUCGGUGUGCUUUUUUUAUGGGUCAAUACUCAAUUACAACUAUAAUCAUAGCAAAACUAGAUCUUUCCGCAUUUGUAAACCAUCAUCUUCAUUACAAUCGACAUCAAAGGAAUUCAUUGCAGCUGAACCCCUUGUUAGACGAUCUGCAAAUUAUAAGUCAUCAUUAUGGUCCUAUGAUCAUGUUCAAUCGCUCUCUAGCAAAUACAUAGGAGAAGAUUACACGGCAAGAGCACAUACUCUAAAGGAAGAUGUGAAAACGUUGAUACAAAGUGUGGGAAAUCCGUUGGGUACUCUGGAGCUGGUUGAUGAGUUGCAGAGACUAGGUAUAUCAUAUCACUUUGAAGAUGAAAUAAAUGUGGUAUUGGAGAUGAUUUACUAUAAUUACUACAAAACUCAAAACAAGUGGAAUAACUUGGAUUUGAACACUAAAGCCCUUGGCUUUCGACUACUAAGACAACAUGCUUAUCAGGUUCCUCAAGAGAUAUUUCUAAACUUUAAGGACAAGACACAAAAUCUAAACCCACAAUUACUCGAGGAUGUGGUGGGAAUGCUGAACUUGUAUGAAGCUUCUUAUUAUUCAUUCGAGGAUGAAAGCAUAUUGGACGAUGUUAGAGACUUCACAACCAAAUAUUUCGAAGAAAAUCUUGAGAAACUUGAUGGAAAUACGUCAUCAUUAGUAAAACAUGCUUUGGAGCUUCCGCUGCAUUGGAGAUUACCAAGGGUAGAGGCGAAAUGGUUUAUGGAAGUAUAUGAGCAAAGAAGUGGCAUAAAUCCCACAUUGAUAGAGCUUGCAAAACUAGAUUUUAACCUGGUCCAGGCUAUCCACAUCGAGGAUCUAAAACACUCCUCAAGGUGGUGGACAAAUACAAUGUGGGACAAGAAGUUAAGCUUUGCUCGAGACCGGUUAGUGGAGAAUUUUUUGUGGGCAGUUGGUGUUAGUUACUUACCUCACUUUAGUCUUGGAAGGAGAACGUUGGCAAAGGUUAUUGCCAUGAUUACUACAAUUGAUGAUGUCUAUGAUGUAUUUGGCACUUUGGAUGAACUUGAACAAUUUACUGAUGUUAUUAGCAGAUGGGAUAUCCAUGCAAUAGGAGAACUCCCAGAUUAUAUGAAAAUAUGUUUCCUUGGAUUCUACAAUUCGGUAAAUGAGAUUGCAUAUAACACCUUGACGAACACGGGAUUUCUCAUCCUUACGUACCUAAAUAAAGUAUGGGGAGACUUAUGCAAGUCAUAUCUAGUAGAAGCACAGUGGUACCACAAUGGAUAUACACCCACGCUCGAAGAGUACUUGGAAAAUGCUUGUGUAUCGAUAUCGGGUCCUUUAGUACUCAUGCAUGUUACCUUUUUAACAUCAAUUACUUUAACCAAAGAAAUCCUACAGUGCAUAGAUAUGUCCAAUAAUAUAGUUCGCUACUCAUCAAUAAUCUUCCGACUUGCUGAUGACUUAGGGACAUCCUCGGAUGAAAUGGCAAGAGGAGAUACUCCAAAAGCAAUUCAGUGUUACAUGCAUGAGAGUGGUGCAACAGAAGAGGAAGCUAGAAGGUAUAUAAAAAAACUAAUCAGCGAGACAUGGAAGAAACUUAACAAAGAACGAGCAGCUGCUAAAUCAAAGUUUUUAUGGGAGUUUAUAGACCAUGCAACAAACCUGGAUAGGAUGGCACUAUUCAUGUAUGCUAAAGGAGACGGGCAUGGUUGUCCAGAUGUGAUUAAAUCUCAUGUAUUAUCAUUGCUGUUCAAUCCAAUUGAAGGACAACAAUGGUAA